AUGAACGCUGGCUACGGUGACGGCUUGAAAUUCAAGAACAACAAUUUCAGCGGCCACCCAUUCCGAUCCAGAAAGGUCAUGCGCGUCAAGGUCCAUGUCGCGCCUGAGCUCGGCGAGAGGAGACUCCUCCUUCCGCUCGGCGCGCAGGUGGGGUCGCUCUUGCCCCACCUCCAAGCCGCAGGUGUGCACGGCGACCUCCUCCUCGAGGUGGAGGGGUACGAGGUGCUGCCCGACUCGCCCUCGAGCGUGCUGGACAAGAACGACGUGGUCGUGCCUGGGUCGAGUAAGCGGCCUCCGAGCCCCAAGACGGACAAGGCGCGCAAGAGGGCAAAGCUCGACGAGACGACCAGCGUACGACCAGUGACGGCGUCGGAUAGCUCGUCGUCCGAGUCCGAGUCCAGCUCGUCCUCCGACUCCAGCUCAGACUCGACCUCUGACUCGUCAUCCGACACGGACUCGGACUCAGACGCCGAACCGCAACCGCGACCGACGCGCGAGCCGGUGCCGCCAGGAGAAGGACUAGGCCGGACGCACGAGCGCAACCAGCGGCGGAAGAAGGCGCGCAAAGCGCGCGCCGAGGCGAAGAGGCUGGAGGCUGCCGGAGUAGCUCCAGUUCCGGCCUCGCGGCCACUGAGCAAUCUGGAGCGUCUGGCCGCCGCGGCGCGGGAAGCGGCCGCGCUGGUCGGCGUCGGGGCGUCGAUCCCACCUCUCGCGCCAGAGCUGGCGCUGGAGGGCAAGACGGUGCCGAAGGUGCAGGAACUGCCUGUGCCAAGAGAUAUGGCGAACCGGAACAAGAAGAAGGGAUUCCUGAGGGAGAUGCUGGCCACGCCAGCCGAUGCUUAUUCUGCCUCGUCAUCCUCGUCAUCCUCCGAAUCCUCCGAGUCCGCCUCCGACUCGUCAUCAGAGUCAGAAUCCUCCUCGGAUUCGGAAUCGUCCUCCGAGUCUGAGUCCGAGUCCGAGCCCGAGGCCACACCAGCCAAGGCCAAAACCCUCGCCGAACUCCCCUUCCACGCCUCGCGUCCGCCAGCCGCAACCCUCGCACCCUACUCGGAACGUUCUCCCCGCUCCCUCCCCUGUAAUGUCUUCGUGACCUCGCGCCAAUUCGACUUUAUCCCCGACUCCGAGCGCCGGAUCCGAGACGCAAAGAUGGCCAAGGCGGCAGAGAAGAAACGGGCCCGGCAGGAGUCCAAGGUCGUGCUGGAUUAUGGGGAGCCGCUGCCUCCCUCGUUUGGAGGCGAGGGCACGCCGACGCCCGUUGCUCGGACUCCGGUCAAGGCUCCUGCCAAGGCGGCAGAGACGGCGGGGACGGCGGCAGCCGAGAUGGAGGCGGUGGAGGUGCAGGUGAACGGAGACGGCGACGAGCUCCCCGAAUCCGCCUGGACCUCCAUCGAGGACAAAUUCGACACCCUCGCCUCCGCCCAGAACGCGAGUGUCGGUCAGCUCGUGGCGUGGAAGUCGCUCGAGCUCGACAUGACCACAUUCAGUCCCGAGAUCAAGCUGCUGUUGGCGCGCGUGACUGAGCGUUCUGACAGCGAGAUCACGCUAGAGCGGCUCCGGCGGCCGGAUGAGUGGGUCGACGAAGAAGAAGGAGAGGAUGAGAUUGAGGUCGUCGUCGAGACGCUCUCACCCGGAGAGUUGGGGGAGAGGAAGCUCGUGGUGUAG